AUGAGGGACACACUAAACCUCCUACAAUAUAACGUGCACAACUCUGCGAGAGUUAUGGUCAAUGUGUAUGCACCUCCUCCAGGGGGCUACAGCAGUGAACCGGAGGAGUCCCCCAUAGGCCAGCUGCAGGAGGUAGCCGGAAUGGGCACAGAUGCAGAGCUGGUCAUAUUAGGAGAUCUUAAUGUCCACCAUGAGAGGUGGGGAGGGGUGAGAGUGGAGAGAAACUUCCGCAUGGCAUGGCAGCUAAUAGCACAGGUGGAUAGGCUGGGUCUCCAGCUUGCCACACCUGGCGGGGCUACCACAUGGCAGGACAGAGGCAGCCCAGGGACGACUAUAGACCUCACCUUUCUAUCACCACUCCUGCACGACAAGCUCAGGAGGUGUGCAAUAGCGGAGGAGGCAUGCAAAGGAUCUGACCAUAAGCCCAUGGAAACAACACUGGAACUCACACCCAUCCCAAAGGAGGCUGAGAGACGAAACUGGAAGGAUGCGGAGCCUGAGGAGGUAGCAAGGGACUGCCAAAAGCUAUAUGUGCCACAAAGCCUGGACUCCAGGCAAGCAGUCAAGGAGUAUGCAGACUACCUGGUAGGAUUUGUAGGGACAUUAGCGGACAAACACGCCACCAUUGAUGUGGGGACUAGCAAAAUGGGGCAAGGAAAGAAGCCAUCUGCCCCCACAGGCACCUACUGCCCCCCCCUGAGAACAGGGGAAGGGGCUGACGCGACGGUAGAAACCUCUUUUGAGGGGAAGGCUGAGGCAUUACGACAACGGUUCUUCCCACAGCCAGAGCCCGCCGACUUAAGUGACACCAAUAUGGAGCUGCUGCAAGCUGAAAGGGAAGCGUCAAAUGACACCAUCAGUGUGGAGGACAUGGAAAGCCUGAUCCAGAGACUGCCAAACAGGAAGGCACCAGGGAGGAGUGGGAUCACCAACGAGUUCCUUAAGAUGCUGGGCAAAACAUUUGUGGAGGCCAUAACAGCUCUCACCAAUGCAUGCUGGCAUUGGGAGACUUACCCAGACACGUUUAAGGAAGCCAAGACAGUGGCCUUGCGCAAGCCAGGGAAGGCUGACUACCAGACUGCAGGAGCGUGGAGACCCAUUGCCUUGCUGGACACAAUAGGGAAGAUUGUGGAGGCAGCAACUGCAAAACGCCUGCGGAAGAUCGCGGAGGACCACAACCUGCUACCCUCACAGCAAAUGGGGGCAAGAAGGGGCAGGUCCACUGAAACAGCCAUAGCACAACUUCUAGCCCAGAUAAGGACAGUGUGGCAGCACCCAGGACAGGUGGCAUCGGUACUCUCCCUAGACAUGACAGGGGCCUAUGACAAGGUGCUGCGGGAGCGAAUGGUUCACAUCCUCCGGCGACUGGGCAUCCCCAGGGACCUGGUGGGAUGGGUUGCGUCCUUCAUGACCAACAGGAAAUCCACAAUUGCCUUUGAGGGCCAGGAAUCAGACACCUUUGACAUCCCAGCAGGCAUCCCGCAGGGGUCACCCCUAUCACCUAUACUAUUCCUAUUCUACAAUGAGGAACUGGUGCGCAUCUGCUCAAGACCGGGGCGCCCGGUGGUGUGCAUAGCCUUUGUAGACGAUGUCAACGUGAUGGCCUAUGGCCAGUCCACUGAGGACAACUGCAGGGAGCUCCUGCGCAUGCAUCGGGCAUGCGAGGAGUGGGCAGCACGGCACGGAGCGGUCUUUGCCCCCCAGAAGUAUGAGCUAAUGCACUUCACACGGGCGCGCAACCAAUUCAACCUACAGGCUGAGCUGAGACUGCCAGGACAAACUAUACAACCGAAACAGGUGAUGAGGGUAUUGGGUGUAUGGUUAGACUCUAGGCUGAGAUGGAAGGGCCACCUGGACGCGGUGGCAGGCAAGAUGAAGACUCAAGUCAGAGCACUGUCCCAAACCACCCAAUCCACAUGGGGGCUCCCACUACGACAAGCGAGAAUGGUGUAUAACAUGGUCAUCAGGCCGGCCCUGACCUAUGGAGCAAUAGCAUGGCACCAGCCACAGGGGCAGGGGGGCACGGGUCCAGCUAAGUCAGGACUGGCCCUCAAGCUGACCACAGUGCAGAACUCCUGCCUCAGAAUAGUGGCAGGGGCAUACAAAAGAACCCCAACAAGCACACUGGAAGCGGAAACCCACACAGUACCCUUAGACAUCCACCUGGAUGGGCUAGUGGCAAAGGCGGUCAACAGGAUGAAGGCCUCAGGAAUGGCGCAACAAAUUGAGAAUGCGUGUGCGGCCAUAAGGACCAGGCUUCGGCACCGGGGGGUGACAAGGGGGGCACAGAGACACAUGGGAGCUGUGGUUCACCCGGCAGCCCUGCCAGUGGACUGGGAACAGCAAUGGAUUCAGGGUGCUAAGGAGAGAGCCACAGCAGAGAUGACACCGGAACAACGAGCCAACCUGGACCAAGCCUCAUAUAAUCACUGGCUGAAGCGCGAGCAGCUCUGGAGGUGGGUGCAGAGGUGGAAAAGACGUGAGCCCCCCUGGGGGGAGCGGCAUGGCCGGCCCCCAGACAAGAAAAUUCUGAAGUGGCACACCGGCCUGCGCAAGGCUCGCAGCACUAUCAUCAUCCAAUUGAGGUCAGGGAAAACCGGACUGGCAGCUUUCCUAAACCGGUGUAAGGUACCUGAAUUCCCCACCCCACGGUGCCCCUGUGGGUAUGAAUGGGAAACAGUCGAACAUGUUCUGAUACACUGCGAACGCUGGGAGCAGCAGCGUCAGGGCCUUAUAAGAAAUGGCAGGCUAAACAAGAGGAUGCUGCUAGACACCAAGGAAGGCCUGCAUCUCCUGUCAAACUGGUGGAUGGAGAGCGGGAUUCUAGGCCAGUUCACAUUAGCACGCGAGCUGACACACUAUGUACCAUAA